AUGGAGGUGGAGGACUCGGGCGGCGUGGUGCUGACCGCCUACCAUUCGCACGCGCGCUCGCAACCGCAGGGCGCGGAGCCACGCUGCGCGUCCCGGGCCGGCCAUCCGCUCAGCAGAAAAUCCAUUCCUCGCUGCCGAAGAAUCAACAGGAUGCUCUCCAAUGAAUCCCUGCAUCCCCCCACCUUUAGUCGCUCCAACUCUCAAGCCUCUGUUGACAGCAGCACAUCUGUGGAGGAGUUCUGGAAGGAAAUCGAGAGUAUCAAAGAGAGCAGCAUAGGGGGACAGGAGGAGCAGUCACCCACUGCCCCUGCUGAGGUCAAACCUGUGGAUGAAGGAGAACUUGAAGCAGAGUGGCUACAAGAUGUGGGAUUGUCGACCCUGAUCUCCGGUGACGAAGAGGAAGACGGUAAAGCCCUCCUGUCCACGUUGACUCGGACACAAGCAGCUGCAGUGAAGAAGAGAUACAACACGUACACCCAGACUCUGAGGAAAAAGAACAAGCAAGCCAUCAGGGAUGUCAGAGACGUCUUCGGAGUCAGCGAAUCUCCUCCUAGUGAUUCUUGUGAGCACGCUACUCAGUUGGACAGUACCAAGGAAGAGAAGGAUCUGCCAGGCGUUACCAAGACAAGCAGACCUCUGCCAGACGAUGCUUCUCUCAAUAGUACCACCCUAUCCAACGGUGCCCAGGAUGAAGAAGGUGGUUUUGUGGCCCUCCAGAGUGGAUCCGUGUCAAUACUUGAGGCUAUCCCAGAUAUUCCCGUUCAUACCAAUGGAUCUGCAGAUACUGAGCAGUCGGUUCAGCGUGCGCUGAGUGAUGAUGAUUAUCUAGAGAAGAACAUUCCACCAGAGGCUGAAGAGCUGUCCUUUGAGGUGUCUUACUCAGAAAUGGUGACAGAGACCCCAGACAGAAAUAAAUGGAAGAAGUCAGACAUUAAGAAAGAAGACUAUGUCUUACCUAAAUUUAUUGUUCAGAAAACGAGAUUUGGGUUGACCGAGACAGGGGACCUGUCUGCCGAAGACAUGAAGAAAAUCCGCCAUCUUUCUCUGAUUGAGCUGACGGCCUUCUUCGAUGCUUUCCGGAUACAACUGAAGAGAAACAAGACUGAGAGAGUGAGAGGCCGAGACAAUGGGAUUUUCGGAGUGCCACUUACAGUCCUCCUGGACAAUGACCGGAAGAAGGACCCUGCCGUGAAAGUUCCCCUUGUGUUACAAAAAUUUUUUCAGAAAGUCGAGGAAUCAGGUCUGGAAUCGGAAGGAAUCUUUCGACUGUCUGGAUGUACUGCCAAAGUCAAGCAGUACCGUGAAGAACUGGAUGCCAGGUUCAACACUGAUAAGUUCAAAUGGGACAAAAUGUGUCACAGAGAAGCUGCGGUCAUGUUGAAAGCAUUCUUCAGAGAACUGCCCACCUCUCUCUUCCCCAUUGAAUAUAUCCCCGCCUUCAUCUCUCUGAUGGAAAGAGGACCUGACAUCAAAGUGCAGUUUCAAGCCUUACACCUCAUGGUCAUGGCCCUGCCUGACGCCAACAGGGACACAGCCCAGGCUCUGAUGACAUUCUUCAAUAAAGUGAUCGCCAACGAAUCCAAGAACCGCAUGAGCCUGUGGAACAUCUCCACGGUGAUGGCGCCCAACCUGUUCUUCAGCAGAAGCAAGCACUCCGACUAUGAGGAACUGCUGGUGGCCAACACUGCAGCCCACAUCAUCCGCCUGAUGCUGACGUACCAGAAGAUUCUGUGGAAGGUCCCAUCUUUCUUGAUCACCCAAGUAAGAAGGAUGAAUGAAGCCACCAUGCUGUUGAAGAAGCAGCUCCCAAGUAUGAGGAAGCUACUCAGGAGAAAGACCCUAGAGCGGGAGGUUUCAAACCCCAAGACCUCAAAGGUACCACAAAAAUCACCUUCCUCAAGAAGAAUGUCUGAUGUGCCAGAAGGUGUCAUAAGGGUCCACGCUCCACUUCUGUCCAAAGUGUCCAUGGCCAUUCAGCUCAACAGUCAGACCAAAGCCAAAGAUAUCCUGGCGAAGUUUCAGUAUGAGAACAGUCACGGUUCAUCUGACCGUAUUAAGAUGCAGAACCAAAGGUUAUACGAAGUUGGAGGAAAUAUAGGACAACACUGCUUAGACCCCGAUGCAUAUAUUUUGGAUGUGUAUCAUGUAAAUCCUCAUGCAGAAUGGGUCAUCAAGCCCUAGACAAGCCUUUAAAAUAUGCCCAGGAUGGUUCCUGCCUUGUAUUAUAUGCCAAGAAGAUCCCGCAUUUGUGGGGGAGAGCACUGCCCUGAAGUAUUUGCUCCUGUAACCCUGGUUCUCCUGGAGGGGUGCUGUUGCCAGCUCCUGCCAUACGAACCACAGAGUGAGGAGCUGGUCCACCCUGAGCUCAAGCCUCCUGUCACAGUUACCCCAUAAGAAGGUGGGACCCAAAGGAAAGGCCAGCGCUACUCACCGAGGAGCUAUCUGUGUAGCAGAAAUAGACUUGGCCCUGCGGCUGGGGAAGAGGCUGCACUUCUGAUGUGAAACAUACAAUAUUUAUGCUCUGACUUGCUCCUGGAUUGGAGGAGGGCCAUCAGUGUAAAGACCGCUGUGGAUCAUUUCGUACUGUACAGCACACUCUGAGAACGUGCUCGCACUGUGGUGCAAAGGACAUUUCCCCAAGCCCUGAGGGUCCAGAUGCUACUUUAUGACUCCAUGUUUCAUGGGCACGGGUACUCAUUGCCAAGCCCCGUUUGGCAAAGGCCAUCUUGUGCAUCUAGAGCUUGCCUGUGAUCCACAGCCAUGGUGUCUUUCCUUUUCCCUCUCAGUUAUGGUGCUCCUUGAAUAAAUUGCCUUUCACUCUUCAGCAUGGAUUUCCUUUACAGAUAAAACGCAUUGUCUUUUUUUUUUUUUUUAACAUUUCACAGCUCUACCCAUGUCUGCAGUCCCAAACCAAAAAAUACAGAAGUGUGUUUACCCAUAAGUGCUGAAAAAUGCCACUAGACCUAAAAUUUAUAAGUUGCAAAAGUUCUUUGUGCUUUCUGAUCAUUAGCCAGAGAUGCGACCAAGCACUGUGGAUUGGCCCUGGGCUGUGGAAGCUGGAGACCGCCUUAUGUCCGCAUCUUGUACACCCAAUGUCUAGAUGUGCAGUGGGAGACAUUCAGUCCUUGUGGUUCUAACAGGAACAAAUCUAAAAUGUCCCGAGGGACAGGACAGCUCCGCCUUUCAUCUCAGAGAUUGGAGUUAGAGUCCUCAUUCAUCCAAGACCACGGGCCUCAUCUUGGACUCCACAGGCUGAACACUGAUGGACUUAACAGCGAUUACAACAUUUAAGACUGGUGCGGCUGUCGGUCAGUUCGAACAAAGCUGAGUUACAAACGCAGAACUGUUCCCUUACCUACAUACCCUGUGUCCGGAUGUAAUGCAAGGACACUGGAUGCGCAUGUGCAGAGAUCUAUGCUGUGCUCUGCCUGAUGCUGAAACAAAACAGUCUUCACUCCCAUGGUUAGAUCAUCUGAUUGUGGAAGCAAAGCACUCUUUAUACCCAGGGGGCAGAUCGUCAUAAUUUCCGACCUUCAGGAGUUUGUUGCACUUUUCUAGAAACCAAAAA